AUGACUCAACAGUCGGUCCUUGAUACGAUGCUGCCGAAAGAGCUUAAGAAAAUGGACUUGACUCGGAUCUACCAGAUGAUACCUCCUGGCGGUAUGUCUGAGUUCUUUCUUAAACGUCUCCAUAAGGCGAUGCGGAAAGGGGGCAAUCCAGCCAGAGUACUUGGGCUCUACAAACAAUACCAAAGACGAGAAGAUUACCCCUCGAUGGAGUUCCUAGUCCGGUGUAUGAUAUGCCUUGGUUAUUGCUUUGAUUGGCACUCCUUCUGGUCGGUUCGGGACCGACAAGUCCUCACGUCUACGAAAAUGUUCCGUUUUUUAGCCUCCGACCUGGUCAGUGGAGCUGAUAAGAUACGCCCCCGCGACCAUCUGGGUCUGCUGUAUGCCCUGGCGUGUCUUCACUAUCGGCCGCCAGCUCUGGUUCCUAUUAUACUACAGGGGAUCGAGAGUAAUAUAUCCCAGUACCGUCUAGAGGCUCUGGCCAAUGCUGCACAUAGCAUGGCAGUGCUCGGUCUUGACUCUAAGGAGCUGAUGGUGGUCUACGAGUGUUACAACAAGGAUUUCAGCGGCCUCUUGGAGCGAGUUGUGAGUGAGGCAUUUGUACGUUAUGGCAGUAUACCGGAGGCUGGAUCCAUCAACGACUGGGCGCAGUUGGCUUAUGCUAUGACUUUGCACGGAAUGUACGAUCUCCAAGGUCCUUCGGGUGAGUUCAUACUGCCUGCUUUCUUGGCUAACGCUUGCAGUGGGAUAACGAGUGAGAAAAUUGCAGACGGCAUGGGUUGGGCCGGAUACCAUUUGUAUUUGACCUUGUACUCAUUGGACGUCGAGAAGCCUGAGGUGGAAAUCCCAGCGAAGAAGGCUGUGCCGAUGGAAGUUCAGUUGAAACUGCACACAACGUGGCUCCGGAAUAUAUUGCUACCGGCCCAACCGCAAGGCUCAGAGAAGCUACAGCUGGACGUUGACGCAGCUUUCAAGCGCACCAACACUCAAGCUCUCAUCAACUGUAGUGUUGGACGUCCAGACGAUGAGCAGCAUACCAUAUUCGCUGGCCACAAACUUAAUCCUGGAAUAGCAUUCGAGUACGACUAUCUGCACCCAGUUGCGCCUGAUACGCCUAAAGUUUCUGGGAUAGUAGCGCAUAAGCUACGGCUUAUGCGACACUUCGGUAUCUACUCUGUUGUGGUGCAUGACUGCUUCUGGAGCAAACUCACGGAUGACCAGAAAGAUGAACAAGUUGUAGUGUUACGAACAAAAUUAGGGUGA